AUGUUGCUGCUGGUCCUAGCGUUUAUGCCUAUCGCUUAUGGCUGCUCCAUGUUUGUGGGUGAUUUACCACACAUCUGGGCAGUGCUCUGGAUCAUUCACACGUGUUUGAUCUUCGUGCUCCUGGUGGUUGGCAGCUGGCUAUACCUGUCAAAUUCAUUGCAGUCCUUCGGUUACUUCAUGGAGGACCCACACCACAGCAACGAGGUCUUCAUAUUGCUCUCCUGGCUCCCCCUGGUCACAGCGGGUGCGCCGUGUUUAAUCUGGGGCAGCUUUCAAGACCUUUGCGAUACUUCGCUAUUGUUGGUUUUGGGGUUUCUGUUCGUUUACAUGCCUCUGCUGGAUGAGCCCCGGGUACUUCCUUUCCUGUGGGUCUGCUACAGUGUUGCAGCUGGAGCAAGAUGCGCUGAUCUCCGUCUCCGCGCGUCCACUGCUUCGGGCGUCGAAAUUUCCAGCUUUGGAGUGCGGGUGCUUUUGUUGGAAGCAGUAUCUCAUGCCGCACUAAGGGCGCGGAUGAUGUACCUCAACCGGACGCGCAUGCCUCUGACAGCAUCGCUUCUAGAAGAGAAGGCCCAGCUCCUCCAGGUGAAGAGGCCGAUUCGUGCCGAGUACUGGCCCGACCGAUUGGACGGAGACGCAGCCAGGAUUGUCCGACAGGUCCGAGCUCGCCGGCUGCGGUGCAGAGAGGAAUUGACGGGUGCUUUCGUCUGGGCAAUCUACUUCUCACACAGCCUCAGCCCCGACUUGCUUCUGCACAUCCUUUCCUUCCUUCAAAGCGUUCCUUUACGGCCAUCUGCAGAAUCAGACACAGUAUCUCUGGCUUCGACGUCUCUGAUUCCGAUAAAAUCGAACAUGGAGCCGUCUGAGUCCUCCUCGAUGUCCUCAUUGACACUCCUGCGCAGACGUUUUCAAGCACGACUGCGAAGCGGUCUGCAUCCACAGCCUGGCGAGCCUGGCCUUGGAGAGGAAGAGAGCGUUACCCAAGGCGGCGGCGGCAGAAGUUGUUCCCCCUUCCAGGUGCUUGGCAUCAUUCUCAGCCUUGCUUGGAUGGUGUUGAUACCGCCGGUGAUUUCUCGCUCUGAAGAGCCUCUUGCUCUGGAAGCGUAG